GGAUCACGCCGAUACAGUCCCGUUCCAUUUCCCUUUAGCACCGAGAGCACGGUCUCCGUUAGUACUUGAAUCAUUUCUCCAAGCUCCAUGGAGUGGAAAUCGAGCAAACGGUUCAGGAAUCCGUUCAAACCCCUGAAACUGUCACCCGAAGCAGCUCAGGAACUCGAGACACUCGCUGAGGUUUUCGUAUCCGAAAGUAUUCGCACUUAUGAGCAUUUCCUGUUUGACGAGAACUCCCAAGUAGAUGACAAUCGAUGGAAGUUCAUGUACCAGAAGGACGACGUGAAAUCGUACGCCGAACGCGCCGGAUUUUCAGCACCAGAACCGAGAAUGGAGUCGUGCACCCGUCCCCGGUCACUAUCGUCGUCGAUAUCAGAGCUUCCGAUCGUCCUUGUGACCGGUACAAUUGAAGGAAAUCUAGACGACACGAUCUACGGCUUCAUGUGUCCCACACUCGACAUGAUGCGUAUCAAGACGUCGUACGUCCAAGACACCAUGUAUCGCGCCUGUGUGCUGGCUACGCUAGUAGAGCCUACAACGGAGGAUCCUUUCCGCUCACUGAGCAUCAAAUGGGUCGAGAAGGGUCAACCUUUUCACGUCCGCGCAGUGAUCAAGAACCGCGACUUCGUGUACAUGGAAUCUACCGGCACCCGGUACCUUCGCAACGGCGAACGUGUCGGGUAUCAGCUCGUGCACUCGGUGCAGUUCCCCGAGACGCCUGCGCGCGGCUCGGCUAUCCGUGGGAACAUGUCAAUGAGCGCCAUCUAUCGCCAGCGCGAUAGCAACGUCGUGGACGUAUUUAUCAAAGGGUUCUUAAACCCAGCAGGCGGCUUGACGCGCUCUAUCAUCACCCGUUCAGCUGCCAAGGCACUGCUGUCCGUGUCCAAGAAUGUUCACUGCGCGCAGAUGAAGAAACUGGCAUGGAGUAUCCGACAACGCUGUCCUACGAUGAUGGAAAGGCAAGCAGACUCGGUAGUGUGCGUGACGUGUUUGAAGAGACCUUCUGGUACACAUCGUCUGUUGCACCGCCAUCUUUGCUGCGGCGUAUGCGCUCGCUACGUCUGUUCAGGGUGUCGUAUUCACAAGAAGCUGCACUUUAUGAUGGCAGACCGUAAGAUGUUGGAGCAGGAAGUUGCGUUCUGUCCAAAGUGCUACACGGAAGCUCUCAACGCGAAAACUGUGACUGUAGCUAGCCAAGAAUUGCUCUUUAACGACGUGUACGGCUGGAACGAGGUGUGUGCGUUCACUUCCGGCACUGAGAUCUCCCUGUUCGACGACCUGAAUUGAAGCGAGAACAGUAGAGUUAUUUAUUAGAGCACGAAAUGUGCAAUAGUUGAAGUGGAAAGCCACACGGAUUACGCUUCGAGUUGAGUCAGAUUGACACCAUCCUACGUGAGAGGGCCAGUAUCAUCCGUCUGGUCUUUUCCAUACAGUCAGCUGUGCCGAUCAAGCAUGUAAGUCCAAAUUACGGUAGAGUUCGCAGAGUUUUAGGAAAGAAAAGAUGACAGAUUAAAU